ACAGCGCGCACUUUACCAAUAGUGUACAAUGGCAAAUCAAACUGUCGCCAACUUCCUUACACUACCGGUGGAACUUUUCUACCGAAUUUUGGAUCAUCAAUCGGAUUUCACCAUUCUCUGUUCAAUGAGAAACGUGUGUCAACGAUUCGACAGCAUCAUAGACAGCUACGAUCGGUAUCAGGUAAACUGCUUCCUAUCAUGCUAAUCUAAUUUGUAUCUAUUGACUCUCGAAUUACUUUUCAUUCGUACAAUCUCUAAUUAAGUAGAAUGACCUAGAUAAAAUACACAUGAAUAAAUUAUUUAUCACUUAAACUAAUUCAUCAGUUAUUAGCCUCUCGUUAAAAUUAAUUUUAUUCUUUCUUUUCUAUCUCAUCUAAAUAUUCCACCUUUCAAACUACGUAUGAUAUCAUAAACAUGUAAUGUUUAGAUAAGGACAAAAAAAGAACCAUUUUGAUAAUAACAAUCAACUUUUGAAAGGAAUUGAAUUUUGAUAAACGAGUUUAUUUCAUCAUCAAUAACGUUAUCGAUAUUUUCAUGAGAAAUACUUCCGAUCAAUACUCCUUUAAGAGCAUGCGCGACUAUGGGUACAGGUGAUGGCGGAUGUGGAUUGAGAAAAGAUUGACCCACAAUACCAUUCAUAUUCUCAUCUAAUGACAUUACUUAUACCAAUACCAACAAGGUGGAAUAUUUUUUCAAAGAAUAUCAUUUCUGAAGCAAAUUUUCUUCAAAAAUAAUUGGUCCGAACGGAUUUCAUUUGGAGCACACUUUCUCAAUACAGAUUAUUCGAGAAUCCUUCGUCAGCGAUAUUUUUUAAACAUCGUUUUAACGUGCAUUCGUCUUCUACUCAUAAUAAGUCUAGCAUUACGGAAUGAAUUGACUGAUUUUUCACUUUUCAAAAAUCAAUGUUGCUUCAUGAACAUAACCGUAUGGUUGCAUCGAUGGGAACUAUCGAAAUCAAUAUAUAUUCUCUCUUAUAUAAAUCAUACGCAUUCGUAAAGUGAAGUUCGAUAAAUCACACAGAGUUCUGCUGCAAAAGCGUACAUCGUGUCGGAAUAAUAAACGUGAGAAAAAACCGUUCAUUAGCUGCUAAUCAGAAACUAUCUUCUGCCACACCUACAGAAUACUAACAAGAGCUGUACCAUAAUUUACUACGCUGUAAAUCAUUUACUACAAUACAGUAUCAUUUACCAAAAUAAUAUUACGCUUUACAAUUACUUGGCAGAGAACUGAGUUACAAACUAUUUCUCAUUAGCCAACAGUUUUUUCCUUCUUACCGAAAAAUUUAAAAAUAAGAGCAACGCACAGACGGAAACUUUCUACCUCUAGUUCACCUUGGUAACUUCCUUUCAAUCAACAUUUUCACAAAACAGCAUUCGCUUCGGUCCUUUAACCUCAUGUAACAACGACCAGCUAUUCUCUCUCUUCAUCUCUACUAUCUCUUUACCUCCACGUUUUCAUUUAGGAACUCACUACACUAACUCUCGAAUAUAACCUAAUCCGACAUGUUGGAACACAAUUGUUAGUUAAUGGGCUAAAACACAACACCGUAACAGUCAUUCUCUUUUUUUUUAAACCACGUUUUUAUCUUCAUUUUUUCAUCUAGGCACUCACCACAUUAGAUCUCAAAUAUAAUCAAAUCAGAGAUGUUGAAGCACAAUCCUUGGCUAAUGCAUUACAACACAACACUACACUAACUACACUAGACCUCUGGAAAAAUCAAAUCGGAGAUGAUGGAGCAGCAUACUUAGGUGAUGGAUUGCGACAGAACAAAGCACUCACGACAUUAGAUCUCGGAUAUAAUCAAAUCAGAGAUGUUGGAGCUAAAUCCUUGGCUAAUGCACUACAACACAAUACUACACUAACUACAUUAGACCUCUGGAAAAAUCAAAUCGGAGAUGAUGGAGCAGAAUCUCUGGGUAAUGCAUUAUAA